CAAAGACUUCCCGCCAGGCAUGCGCUAAAAUAAAACUUACAGGCUGACUACUGAAAAUAUAGAACAUGGCAUAUAACUAUGUUGUAACGGCACACAAGCCGACGGCAGUCAAUGCAUGUGUUACAGGUAACUUUACAUCUUCGGAUGACCUCAAUCUCAUUAUUGCCAGAAAUACCCGGAUGGAGAUAUAUGUUGUUACACCUGAGGGAUUAAGACCAAUAAAAGAAGUUGGCAUAAAUGGUAGAAUAGAUGUUAUGGAACUAUUCAGACCCCCUGGAGAAUCUAAAGAUGUUAUGUUCAUCUUGACCUCACGAUAUAAUGCCAUGAUAUUAGAAUGUCAGCAGGAUGGUGAAAAUAUAGAUAUCAUUACUAGAGCACAUGGAAAUGUACAGGAUCGUAUUGGAAGACCUUCAGAGACUGGUAUUAUUGGAAUUGUAGAUCCACUUUGUAGAGUGAUUGGGUUGAGGCUCUAUGAUGGCCUGUUCAAAGUUAUUCCUCUGGACAGAGACAACAAAGAGCUGAAAGCAUUUAAUAUUAGGCUGGAAGAACUGACAGUUAUUGAUAUACAGUUUUUACAUGGCUGUACAACACCUACUCUUAUUCUUAUUCACCAGGAUCCUCAUGGCAGACAUGUGAAGACUUACGAGAUAAAUUUAAGUGUAAAGGAAUUUCAGAAAGGUCCUUGGAAACAGGAUAAUGUUGAAACUGAAGCUUGCAUGGUUAUAGCAGUGCCAGAGCCUUUUGGUGGCGCCCUCAUUAUAGGACAGGAAUCCAUCACAUACCAGAAGGGAGAUAACUGUCUACCUGUGGCACCACCUGCUAUAAAGCAAAGUACUCUAACUUGUUAUGGUAAAGUCGAUGCCAAUGGAUCCCGGUAUCUCCUUGGUGAUAUGAAUGGUCGAUUAUUCCUGUUGCUUUUAGAAAAGGAAGAAAAAAUGGACAAUACUGUUGUUGUAAAAGAUCUCAAAGUAGAAUUUCUUGGUGAGACAACAAUAGCUGAAUGUAUCACCUACUUAGAUAAUGGUGUUGUUUAUAUUGGAUCCAGACUAGGAGACUCACAGCUUGUCAAGUUAAAUGUAGAAUGUGAUGAUAAUAAUUCAUAUGUAACAGAAAUGGAAAGAUUUACAAACCUUGGGCCUAUCCUGGACAUGUGUGUUGUUGACCUUGAAAGACAAGGUCAGGGACAGUUAGUCACAUGCUCUGGAGCUUAUAAAGAAGGAUCAUUACGUAUUAUUAGGAAUGGUAUUGGUAUACACGAACAUGCCAGUAUAGAUUUACCAGGAAUAAAAGGUAUAUGGUCAUUGAGAAUUGGCUCGACAGAUUAUGAUGAUUACAUUGUUCUAUCAUUUGUUGGACAAACCAGAGUAUUGAUGUUGAACGGUGAAGAAGUAGAAGAAACAGAGUUAGCAGGCUUUGAUUCAGAUCAACAGACAUUUUUAUGUACCAAUGUUUGUCACAGUCAGAUAUUACAGGUAACACAGUCAGCCGUUAGAUUAAUUAACACAGAAAGUAGAGCAUUAGUUAGCGAGUGGAAACAUCCUUCAAUGAAGAACAUAAGUCUAGCAAGCUGUAAUAUAUCACAGGUUAUAAUAGCUGUUGGCAGUGAACUGUUCCUGUUAAAUAUACUACCAGGAGAAGUUAGACAAAUAAGUAAAACAGCAAUGGAACAUGAGGUAGCUUGUGUUGACAUUACACCCCUUAGAGAUGGUGAAGAGAAAUCAGACUUAUGUGCAGUAGGAUUAUGGACAGAUAUUUCAGCCAGAGUUCUGCGACUACCUUCAUUUGAAAGUUUACAUGUUGAAAUGCUUGGAGGAGAAAUAAUUCCUCGUUCUAUUUUGAUGUCAACAUUUGAGAACAUUCAGUAUUUAUUGUGUGCUCUUGGUGAUGGAUCUUUGUUUUACUUUAACUUAAAUGUAGAUACUGGUUUUUUCUGUGAUAAAAGAAAAGUGACAUUAGGUACACAGCCUACUGUGUUACGGACAUUUAAAUCUCUAUCUACUACAAAUGUUUUCGCUUGUUCUGAUCGUCCAACUGUUAUUUAUUCUAGUAAUCACAAACUUGUAUUUUCUAAUGUAAAUCUUAAAGAAGUGAAUCAUAUGUGUCCAUUAAAUUCUGAAGGAUAUCCGGAUAGUUUAGCCUUGGCAAACGACAAUACAUUAACUAUUGGAACUAUUGAUGAAAUCCAAAAACUACACAUAAGAACAAUACCACUAUAUGAAUCACCAAGGCGUAUAGCUUACCAGGAGGCAUCUCAAACUUUUGGUGUGAUAUCAAUGAGACUUGACCUUCAAGACAGCAGUGGUAUGACCCCUACACGACCUAGUGCUAGUACACAUGCUGCCAUGACAACAUCAAGUUCUAGUGGUAAAAUGGUCACGCAAGGAACAAGUACAAUGGGAGAACAUUGUGGAGAUGAGGUUGAGGUUCACACUCUGCUAGUCAUAGAUCAGCACACUUUUGAAGUACAUCAUGCCCAUCAGUUAAUGACAAACGAGUUUGCAACCAGUUUGAUCUCGGCCAAGUUUGGAGACGACCCUAAAACUUACUAUGUAGUAGGAACAGCUCUUGUACAUCCAGAGGAAGGGGAACCUAAACAAGGAAGGAUCAUCAUCUUUGAUUUCAGUGAUGGUAAAUUAAAUCAAGUAGCAGAAAAAGACAUCAAGGGAGCAGCCUACAGCUUGGUGGAAUUUAAUGGAAAACUUCUGGCUAGUAUAAAUAGUACUGUUAGAUUGUUUGAGUGGACUGCUGAGAAGGAACUUCGGUUAGAAUGUAGUCAUUUUAACAACAUAAUAGCUUUGUAUUUGAAAACUAAAGGUGAUUUUGCUUUAGUCGGAGACUUGAUGAGAUCGAUUACUUUGUUGUUGUAUAAACCUAUGGAAGGAUGCUUUGAGGAGAUUGCCAGAGAUUGCAAUCCUAACUGGAUGACAGCUGUAGAAAUCUUAGAUGAUGAUAAUUUCCUGGGAGCUGAGAAUUCAUUCAACUUGUUCACAUGUCAGAAAGAUAGUGCUGCAACAACAGAUGAAGAACGACAAAACUUACAAGAAGUAGGAUUGUUCCACCUUGGUGAAUUUGUAAAUGUUUUCAGACAUGGUUCCUUGGUUAUGCAGCAUGCUUUGGAGAGCAGUACUCCUACACAAGGCUCUGUUUUGUAUGGUACUGUAAAUGGAGCAAUUGGACUGGUUACACAAGUUCCUCAAGACUUCUUUAAUUUCUUGUCUGAGAUCCAGGCUCGUCUGGCAAAGGUCAUCAAAAGUGUUGGAAAAAUAGAUCAUUCAUUCUGGAGAUCAUUUCACACAGAGAGGAAAACAGAACCAUCAACUGGAUUCAUUGAUGGAGAUUUAAUUGAAAGUUUCUUAGAUCUGAAUAGAGACAAAAUGCAAGAAGUUGUACAAGCAUUACAGAUGGACGAUGGUAGUGGGAUGAAGAGAGAGUCUACUGUAGAUGAUAUAGUCAAGAUGAUAGAAGAACUCACAAGGAUUCACUAAUAUUUAUUGUUUUUUACUUGUAAAUAAUGUAUUGAUUGCCAUACUAAUUUUUAUUUCAAAGCUGCAAUUAAGAGUGUUUCUAUUCCUCAUCAUCAUUGCAUCAAAAUAUUCUAUCCAAUAAGUUCAGUUUGGCAUGCUCAUUUGUGAUUUUGGGAAAUUUUCUGACUACAAUUAUUGUUGAUACUUAAUUCUAUAAAUAAGUUUUUAGCAGUAAAUUUAUUCUUUGAAUAAUUGUUUAGCAGUAAAUUUUUUCUUUAAUUCACUUUGUAGCAGUAAUUUGUUCAGCAUUUGGUUUUGAUAGUUCCUGACACCCUUAGAAUACAAUAUUUAUGCAUCAUUUUCUUUUCUGUUAAUAAUGUAAAUAUGGUAAUUCCUUUUCCAUGCUUUUUCUUUUAGGAAAAUGUACCAUUUUGCUUUCAUUUUAUUGAAGAAAAAAAAAAUUAUGAAUUUCAAAUCUGCAUCUGAUUAUUUACAAAGAUAAGACAAAUUAAAAAGCCUGAAAAGGCAUACAAGGUUUCUUAGGGGGUGGGGAAGUCAAUUGAUUUAAUUGGAUAAUUUCAAUGAAUUUAAUAACCCAUUUCUAUUUAGAUAAUGGGGGAUCAUUCAAUUCAGGAUAAUAGUGGGCAUUUUGUUUGCUAAAUCAUUCAUUUCACUUGUAUAAAUAUAAACCUGUAUCUCUAUAUCAAAGAUUUAGGAACAAAUACAUUUUCUGUUUAUAUACUGAACUAUUUCAAUUUAGACCAAGUUCAGUCUAAAAUUAUGAAACUUGAUACCAUUGUUAUUUCAUGUUUGGCAUUUCUUAUUUUUGGACAGCAUUUAUUUCUGUGUAUAUAGAUUCUUCUGUUAAAAAACAAGAUUAUAUAUAAAGAUUAUUCUCUAAUGGAUCUUCAAUAUUGAAUUCAAAUGAAUUAAGCAUAAUUUAUUCAUGAAGAUAAUGUACUAUUUAUAAAAGUAUGAAAAUUGAAGCUCAAAAUAAACAUGUUUGAAAAUAGAAAUUUUGAUGGGAAAAAUCUGUUAAAUGUCAUUAAAAGACAUUGUUAAUUCCAAAAUAUUGUUGGUCUUAAAAAAUAGUGCUAUUAAAGAGGAAUUAAUGUUGGAAUUCUUGCAAGAUGUAAAAAAGAACAUUAGAAGGACGUUGUAAGAUAAUCUUGAAUGUUCAUCCUUAAGAACAUUAGAAGGACGUUGUAAGAUAUUAUUGAACAUCCUUAAGAACAUUUCUAACCUACAUAUACUCCAGUUAUCAUCCAUCUUCACACAUUGUAGUUCUUGUUAUUUAAAUAACCAUUGUUGUGACUGAUGUGUUUACUGUUAUUGUACAUUGUACUGUUUAUAGUGCUGAAAUAUUUUAUAGAAAAAAAUGAAUGAAGUGUUGAAAUGAA